AUGACCAUGCCUGGCAUAGAGAAGAAUCCUGCAGGCACCUCUCGCUCGGACGUACUAUCACCACAGCCAGAUCCAGCAGCAAAAUUGGAGGUAGAGGACCAGAAGUCUACAGCUUCUGUACGGACCAUCGCAGCCCAUACCGACCCCAACCCCGCGAUCACAAUUCCAGACGGAGGAACAGAAGCUUGGCUUACAGUCCUAGGAGCAUAUGUCAACGCUUUCGGGGUUUACCAAGAUUACUAUGUUCGGGUGUAUCUCACUAGGCAUACUCCAAGCGAGAUAGGCUGGAUAGGAGGGGCGCAGCUCUUCCUCACAUUUUUCGCAGGGGCAUUUGCAGGUCGAGCCUUUGAUCGAGGUUAUUUCCUCCUACUACACAGCCUGGCGUUGUUCACACUUUCAGCCUCUUACGCCAACAAGUACUAUCAAGUUUUCCUUUCUCACGGAGUCGCCUUAGGUCUGUCUGCUGGCCUCAUCUACAUCCCAAGUCUCGGUAUCGUAUCCCACCAUUUCCAGAAACGCCGGCCUAUAGCUCUAGGUAUCAUCUCCUCGGGGGCAGCACUAGGUUCUGUGCUUCACCCAAUUAUGCUCAACAAACUCUUCACCAACGAGGCCAUCGGGUUCCACAACGGCGUCCGCAUCAGCGCAGGGAUCAACACCUUCCUCUACCUCGUUGCAGUCGCUUUAAUGAAAACACGACUUCCACCUAGACCCGCACAGAGAUAUCCCAUUGGCGAAUGGCUCAAGGAGUCGGCAUAUGUGGUGCUUGUCGUUGCGUCUAUAUUUGUUUUCCUCGGCCUUUUCUACCCCGUGUUCUUUUUACAGUUGACGGCGAUCGCCAUCCUAAACGCAUCCAGCCUCUUUGGUAGAGUUCUCUCUGGCCUCGCCGCUCAAAGUUUAGGCUCCAUGAAUGUUGCUUCAUUCGUCGCGUUCGCAACCGGAGGCUCCGCAUUCGCCAUGAUGGCAGUCAAAAACGCCACCAGUACCAUCCUCUUUGCAAUCUUCUACGGGUUCUUCUCUGGUGCGGCCAUCUCAAUCGUACCCUCGGUCGUCGCCGUGCUAGCCAAGGACGUAAGUGAGAUGGGCGGACGGUUGGCAGUGCUCUUCAUGGCCGGAGGUUUCCUGGGCCUAUUUGCCAGCACGAUCGGCGGGGAACUAAUUGGAAACGGGCCAGAGUUACACUUUGACAGGGGUGUGAUAUUUGCUUCGAUAUGCCUCACCAUUACCGCAGUCCUCUGGACCAUUGCAAGGACGAUCGUCGCCAGAGAAAAGGGGAGACAGCGGAUAUGA